AUGCUCCGCUAUAAGAGCCUUCUUAAGUCUGGGUUGGCUGUUCAUCAUGUUCGAUUUGUUCGUCAGAGACCGUUUAGAAAUGAUCAUAUAGGUACCUCAACAACGUCCAGCAUCGUUGGAAAUACACCAAAAAUUGUGGAUAGGGUAGCUCCUAAUGUUGAGGCAGCUGAAAAAGAUCUGCAAAGUAUGGGGUUUAAGGAACUUAAACAUAACGAUGACAACCUUGAUGAUGAAAGCUUGGUGGAUUGGUUAACUGUCAAUAAUUCUGGGUUUAAGAACUCGACAUCAAAUCUUAGAAAUCUAGUGGCCAAAUUAAAGACUGUUCCACAGCAAUCAGCAGAGCGAGUUAAGCUGACAUUUUCGUACCUGUUAAAAGAAGUAGAGAUGGAAAUUGAAAGGUUAAAUCUUUUUAGUCCUGAGACGUUGAAUGAAAUGCUCCUAGCGAACAAACAGAGGGCACUGAAAAACGCUAUAAAGAGUGAGGAUAUAGGCAAGAUUUUUUUCCAAGAGUUGGUCAGUAUGGAUAAUGGUAAGCAUGUGUCGCCACUUCAGCAUACAGAGCUGUUACUUAAUAUAUUGGUUGAAAUCAACAAGUCGAAAGAAAAAGGUAUUACGAUAGAGCAGGCUGUUGAGGCAUUUGAGCUUUCAAAGUUAAUUCCCGAUUAUGAAACAAGGCUUCGUGCUAUAACUCUUUCUGGGCGCUUGCUGUAUUCCUUUGGAAAAGUCAGAAUGGAUGCCGUGAAUGAAUCGUUUUAUAUAGAAGGUUUGCUACACCAUGGUUACGACAAGCAGGCGCUGCAUUACUUUGAGAGCUAUAAAGAUAAGGUGAAUCAAAAAUGGUGGAAUGAGGUAGGUUUAAUGAUUAUGCUGCGGUCUAACCAGUUACAAAGAUUUGAUACUCUAUUUAAACAAACAGUACAGAAAUAUGGUGAAACGAAUAUUAGGCCAAAAAUCAUUAAAACAGCAAUAAAGAAGAAGCUGCAGUCAAAAACUUUUGCUGAAGCAGAUUAUUUUAACGAUUUAUUCCUUAGAUUGGUAGAUACCCAUGGAUGCAUAAAGGAAAAGCAAAAUAACCAACCAACUAUGAUGGAUUUUGAGUCAGAAGAGCAUGCUAAUGAAUAUUUCAAUGCAAUUGAAGUACCUACUCAUGCAGACUUUAUGUCAAUAAUAGCUGCAAAUUUCUUCCGCGGUAACCAACCCAUGGCCUACAAGUUACUAGCCCGAUUGAUUCAAAGUCCAAAUUUCGAUAUUGAAAAUUGGACAGAUUGUAUUUGGAUGAUGCGGCUUCCUUUAUUACGUGACUUCUCGUCAUUUGAGAUUGCAAUUAAACCAUUUUUAGAGCACGAAACUGAAGCAGAAACGCUGCGACAGUUACAGAAAAGUUUCGACUUAGUGAUUGAAUCCAAAGGCUUAACAAAGAUUCGUAAAGCACUUGAUUCUGUGUUAUUUUCAAAUAUGGAGUCAUUUGCUGCUAAUUCCGAAAUGAGCAAACUUCUUUAUGACUAUAUGAUUAAAUAUUGGACGAAGUCUGAUCACGAACUGGAUUCUUCUAAGAAAUUUCAUGGGAUAUUCAAAAUACUGCUUGCAACCAAUCAAGAAAAAACAGCGAAGGAGAUCCUCACCAAACUAGAACAGUCAGAAAAUGACAGCGUUUUCCCAAAAGUUAACGCUCAUCAUUAUGCUGCUUUUGUUGACUAUUACAGAAUACUUGCGGCACGCGCUAAGACAGGGCCUAAGAAAAAUAUGCUCAAUGAACAAGUUGACAAUAUAAUAAAAUCUAUGGAAAGAUUGGGUGUUUCGCAUAACUCAGAAAUAUUGGCUUCUUUGAUUUCAUAUUAUAGAACGGUCUAUGACUUUAACAAAUGUUUUGCACUUAUCAACUCCAUUUUGGGAUCCAAAAUAGAGAUGCAUACAGCGGAUAGUAAAGAACUAAACCUGCGAUCAUUUUAUGAUAGGAGGACGAUAACACUAAAGUUGUACUUAGAAAUCUGGAACGCAUAUCGCUCUUAUCAAAAGGUUUUUAAAAGAGAUUCGCACUCAAUUGAGCAAACGUCCAAUGCUCGUGAUUGGAAAUACCAGGUCAUUCAUAUACGAAAGAAUACUAGUACGCAUCCCGAAUUCUCAAUGCUUCAACUUUUUAAAAUGAUGGUUAAAGUAGAUAAUAUCCUAAUAUCAUCGGAUAUUUAUAACACUAUCCUUCAAACACUUGCUUCAGGCUAUGAUUGGACAACUAUUCCAGCUGUUUUAGAGUAUAUGCAAAAAAUCCAUAAUGUCCCCUGCAGUAAAAAGUUGUCAAGUUAUCUUACCGUAUCCUUAACAAGAGCUUAUGUCGACAUGGAACGAAGGAAGUUGUUUUUCUCAGGCGGGAUAUCUGCAACAAAUUCUAAAAUUAAUGCUGCUAAACGUAAGGUGAUGAACAUGGUUAAAGAAGGAGAAAUCUUAGAAGAUAAAGAAACCAAUGAUGCUAUUUGUAAUUUGAUAUUACAUAUAAAAGAUCUUUUGAGCAAGACAGAACCCUCGAAAGUCCCUGAGAUAGAAGAAGCUUAUAAAGAGUUAGGGCUCAUGCCACCUCCCAUGUAA